CUUCUCGAGAAUCAAUCAACGAUGGCGCCCGACGUUGGAGAGAAGCGGAAACACGGCGGGGAUGCCUCAACAGCAUCAUCGAGCAAGAAGUCGAAGCCAAAAUCAAAGUCGCGGGAUGCAGACUCGUCCUUCUCCGGGGAGAGUUCCUCGAAGGGGAAGCCAAAGCAGCAAGGCACCGCGACGUUGAAGGUCUCUCGUGAUGAUCCCUACAGGAUGGGCCCUCUCUUCGUCAAUACGGCCGACUUUGUCCCAGCAGAGGAUGCUGCUUUCACCCUCUACACAAACCCGUCUCUCUCUACCAAGAAGAAGCGACGAAAGAGUGAUGCCGCCGGAGGCCCUACACUGGAGGACAACCUCAUCUUGGCGGGCGAGACGGAUUCGAUCGAGUACGUGGGUGGGAACUGGAGUGCGCAUGCAACCGUCGGAACAGACGAGUCUCUGCGAACAGAAGCCAGAGGCUAUUCUGGAGACUACAUGGUGGGCUUCUACGAUCCUUCGACGUCGAUGGUGACCCUACGAGCGGCGCCUCUCUUCACGUUGACACGCACCAUCAAAUCUCUCAAUUCCCUCUCGAUUGAUGCACAAUCACAGGCGAGCGACUGGGCAGCGAGAAAACUGGCUCGUCGUGGUCUAGGCGAGGCGUUCGGCAACCGAAAGACCAAGACAAAGGCGCGGAACGAGGAUAGGAUGAAGGUCGACACAACCAACAUGAAAGCGGUCAUUGACACGAUGAGGAGCGACAUCGAGGAGAACACAAAGGGCAUGGCAAAUCUCGACUCGAUCAAAGAGGAGGCAGACCGGCUGAGACCCAUCCCGCCUCCUUACUUUGAAGCCAUGCACCCGGCCGACGUUUACCCUAUCCAGUCGACGCUGAUCCCCACCAAUGUCUGGAAUGCGCUCAACGUCCGACACCUCUACACGACCAAGACCCCGCAAGACCUCGCCAAAAAGCUUGCGAGAAUAAUCGGACCCCUGUCGCCGGAUUCUUGGCUGGUCAGCCGACUUUGGGAUCUCAGUGGACCGCUGCGUCACAGCGAAGGGACAGGACAAGAUGAAGGAGCAUCAAACAAGAUCACCUUCGAUGACGACGGCCAGCAGGAGAAAAGCGGAGGUAUCCUCAAGGCGUCUGGCGAUACAAAGACGGAUGCGAGGCUAAAGCUCAAGGCGUGCUACUACGCUGGCCUGCUUUGGGCUUUCUGGAAGCAGGCGCGCAACUUGGACGAGCGAUCGAUGCUCACCGACCGACUGCGCUUGAAGAACAACCCGGCCGCAGACCUCAUUGUCGACGAUCUCCUGGCCCGCUUUUCCGAGACGCCGAGGGGACAGACAAAGCCCGUCCUGUCGACGUUCCAUGAGACGAAGCUCUUGGCCUAUUCGUUUGCUCUCUGUCUCCACGUCGAAGAUUUCGCCGUGGAACCGUCGACUCUGUCCAAGGAAAUCGGCCUUGGCGCCUCUCGCCUCGUCGAGAUUUUCAAGUCACUUGGAUGCGGCACAAACACGCGCAGCGUCGUCGACUCGACUGGUACUUCUACGAGAUCGGAGCGAAGGCUGAUUCUAAAGACGCCCCUCACGCUGCCCAAGCCGAGGCAGGGUGCUGCCAAAAAGGGCGGUCGCUAGAUCCACAGCAUGCGCCCUCACUCUUUCCUUAUCCUCUUGCGCGGAACCCUGCCUGUCAAUGUGAGAAGAGCAAAUCAAAUCAAUCGGCGU